AUGGCGCCCGCUUUGAGCGUGCUCCUGUCGUCCGUCGCCGUGGCGGCGGCGGCCCCGAGCGGGGGCAAGAAGAUGGUGACCAAGGCCAUGCGCCCGCGGGGCCGGACGCUCAAGGCCGAGGCCAUCGGCCGCGUGAAGAAGUUCAACGACCACGCGUCGCGGCUGACGGGCAAGACCUUCUCGUCCGUGGCGUCGACGAAGGCGGCGGAGGCGAGCAGCACGUCGCCGAACCGGGAGAUGCAGUCCUACUGGGACUACCCCAUGACGCUGGACUACGUCGUCGACAUCGCCGUCGCCGCGAACUCGAGCGCGAAAUACUCCGAGUACCAGGUCAUCGUCGACACGGGCUCGUCGAACCUGGCGAUCUCCCUGGAGUCGUGCUCCUGCGGCGAGGGGUCGAGCGAUUUGGACGUGUCCAUCGACGAGGACGAGUGCAUCGAGGUGACCUACGGGUCGGGCGCGUGGUCCGGGUACGAGACGGCGACGCUGUCGGUCGGCUUCGUCGAGGGCGCGGGGCCCGACGGCGUCAUCGUCGACGACACGACCAUCGCGGGCAUCGCGUCCCAGACCGACUUCUUCGAGGGCGGCGGCUACAACGGCAUCCUGGGCCUCGGCUACUCGGACCUUUCCGAGCCGUACUCGGCGUCCGAGUGCUCGUCGAGCUCCGGCAUGUCAGGCGGCGGCGGCAUGGGCGGCGGCGGCAUGUCCGGCGGCGGCGGCGGCGGCGACAUGGGCGGCGGCGGCCAGAUGGGCGGCGGCGGCAUGCAGGGCGGCCACAAGAAGUCGACGGGCCGGUCGUCGGGCCGGUCGUCGCAGCAGGGCGGCAUGGGCGGCCAGCAGCAGCAGGGCGGCAUGGGCGCGCCGGCGCCGGGCCCGGGCCGCAAGCUCGAGGAGACGGCGGCGACGCCCCUGCUCGACGUCUUCUACGAGGACGGCCUGCUCAACGAGAACGUGUUCACGCUCGCGUUCUGCUCGAACACGGCGUCCUUCGCCAUCGGCGGCGUCGACGAGUCCGUGCUCGAGUCGAACAUCACCUACGUGGACGUCCAGGAGACCUACGGCUACUUCUACGGCUACUACCUCGUCUACCUCGAGGGCGUCGCCGUCGACGGCGUCGACGUCUCCGGCGUGUCCGCGUCGUCGCUCAACGAGCUCGGCGGCGUCCUCGUCGACUCGGGCACGACCCUCGUCUACCUGCCGUCGACGAUGACGUCCAAGAUCGAGGCCGACGUCCAGUCCGCGGCGGGCUCGUCCGUCGCGAGCAACCGCUUCUUCGAGAUGGAGAGCUGCGUGUCCGCGGACGACCUCGACUCCUUCCCGACGAUCACGCUCGAGCUCAGCGGCUACGACCUCAAGCUGGAGCCCACGGAGUACACGCUCAAGUACGACGACUGCUACUACUGGGGCAUCAUGUCGUCGGACGUCGGCAUCAUCGGCAACAUCGCGCUGCAGAACAAGAUGAUCGUCUUCGACCGCGACAACAACAAGGUCGGCUUCGCGAAGACGGACUGCGGCCCGGGCCAGGCGACGACCAAGUCCUCCUCGACGUCCUCCGCGUCGAAGAAGGCGGAGCGCCAGGCCGCGCGGUCGCCCGCGAACGCGCCCGCGAUGCUCAACGCGGUCCGCGGCGUCGAGAAGUCGAACAUCUUCACGUCCUUCUCGGCGCUGAGCGGCCUCGUCGUCGUCGCGGCGCUCCUCGCCGUCGUCGCGGCGAAGCGCCAAUCGGCCUACGAGCCCAUCCCCGUCGAGGAGGAGGUCUAG